GCACGAGCUCCAACCACAGGCAUGCGAUUACCACGAGGCUUGCUCACCUCAGCGCCAUUGCGAGAAAAUACCUAUGGUCGGCUGUGCUCGUCUUCGGGAUCCUUCGGAAACGACCAGAUAAGUGGAAAAACAAUGUCCUUCGCCUCAAUGACGGACACGGACUCUAGAGUCCGAGCUCGUGUAGCGAGUGGUUCGUCGAGAACAAAUGGCACUCACCAGCAGGCAGAAUUUCAAGAAGUUCAACAGGAGGAUCAAGAGGCUGAAGCUUGCACCACGGAGGACCACGAAAUGUUACAAAACCUGAAAGACUCGCUGAAGACGCACGUUGCCGCACCCAGUUGUAGCAAUCCCAAGCUCAACAUCACUCCCGCGUCAGUCGCUCUGUCCGCGGUCUCAAGACAAAGGUCUGCUGACCUCAUCCUGGAAGAUUCGAUUCGGGACCAUUCAACGUCUGCCGGGGCCCUCAUGUCGCUGAGAACCGCAAAAAGCAGCAAUGCUGCGGAGGCUGUACCACGAGGAGUUUCCCCGGCUGCUUCUACACGGACGCCGGGUCCGCGCACAAAGUCACCGACUUCUGUCAACGGAUCGCUUCGAAGCAGUCUAAGCAUACAGAGUACAGGGGAGAACAGUUCUUGCAGCACAACACCCAGUGAGCGAAAAACCGCUGUUUUUGGAGUAGCAGAACAAGAGGACACGCCGGAAGAGAGCGUCGUUCAUGUGGAAACUGAAUCAGGGGAUCAAGUAGCGUCUCCUUUACCGGCUUCUCCGCCUAAGAAGGCUGAUGCUACGGCAGAGACUGUGCCUCAACAAGUUUACUCAGAAGCAGGACCUUCUACGACGGAAACUGAUGAUGAGCAGACGCGCGUCAGGAAGAUGAAACGACGCCAAGCGCCCUUCCAAGGAACAUGGCUCAACACAUCGCAGCAAGGUUUCGUAGACGUGAUGAGAGCCAAUGGAGCGAACUGGCUUCAAAUCAACGGUGCGAAGAUAGGCAAAUGUGGCGUGAACAAAAGUAAGCACGACUUCAAAUUCGUAUCUGAAAAGCAUGGGGAAAGCGACGUUGAGGUUGUGAUCGAGGGUCACAGCGGAGGCAUUGCUGGAGGCCACGAGUUUAGAUGGGUGGUAUUUAAAUGAAGAUAAGUACUCAUAAUUACACUUAUUUCUAAGUUCUUGAACAAUUCGAAGAUCAUGAACUGUUCUUACAUUUUGUUCUGGUCCUGUGGACACUGCGAUCGUGUUUGGAUUGGGUUGGGUUGUCUCAUCUACUUCUCCUCAAAAGGCCUUACUGCUGUUGCACUAGUUGUUUCCCUGCGGUAUACUAUUUAGGAUCAUGUAGUACUAGUACUAGAAAUGACUUUGAAAAGUGGUUUCCGAAUAACCGCAACAUACUUAUUCAAAGAUCCUAACUGAACCAAAACCUCACAGCUUGACGGGCAGAAGCGCACGAUCGACACUCAAUUGGGCUCACGAGAAUGUGUUGCAUAUUGGGAGGGCGAUUCCCUCGUCAUCGAGAUGCACGAAGCUUCUCCGAAGGCCAAGCAUUACAAUGUUAUUAGAAGGUACGACUUCUAGAUUUUUUUUCUAUUCUCUAGCCUGCUUUUGAAAACCCUGCUCGAAUUUUUGCUACAUGUGUUAGAUUUUCUUUCGGUCGUUUCAUUUUUGGUAGUGGUUUUAUUUUUAUUCCUCCUCCUCGGUUCCGCUUAUGCUCAUGAUCGGACUUGAGCAUGAGGUUAUUGGUCCGAAAAGUUGCCCUGUUUUUGACCGAAAUCCAACCUUGUUACAUUCCUCCACAAUUGACUCAGGCGCAUUGUCGGUAAACAGCUCGAGAUGGUGUGGGAAUGUGUCGCGACCGAGUCGGGCAAGGCAAAACUCGCGACUUGUACCCGGAUGUGGAAACGGCAUGUCAAAGCCUAGAUUGAGGAGAACACUGAACACAUUCCUAUGACCGCGUGUAGAAUAUGUGGGGAGCAGGGAAAAUGCCCAUGCUGAAACUUUAUUAACGCUUUGCCGCUCUAUCAUGAAUACUUAUUAGUACUAGAAUAGUGUUCUCAAUCCUUACAUUAUUUUUAUGGCUCGAAGACCACUACCACGUUUUACUCCUCCUGAUUGAUUCAUGUUUUAGAGAAAAACGCAACACAGUUCAGAUUAUAUGAUCGAUUUAAGUGUUUGUGUUAGCCUUGCAUAUUCCUGUAUGGUUGAAUGAGUCAAAUUCAGUUGUUUAUUGUUGUGAACAGUACAAAUGAACUACGUCUUUGAGAUAUAACUAUUUUUCUUAGAUUUCCGUGGUGGUUCUUGUGCCUUUACUAUGGGUUUCUGGAAAUAUGUCUGACUGUGUAUGUAUUUGUAGAGUGUCGUGUAAUUUUUCCUUCGAAACGUUAUAAGAGUAGGUUUAGAAUCAGUAUGAGAGGCAGAGAAAGUUAAUACAGAGGAUAACAUCUGCUUCUCCUCCAUCGUGUAGUGUAUUUGUUCGUUAGCCCUAAACACUAGUAAUAUUCGUUGCUCUUCAUAUUCCCUGUAAAAAUGGACAACCCGCCUUCUUCACAUGAUCACAGUAUAUUGUGGACGAAGUCAAGUAUAAAGCAGAUUUGUUCGUGGUACCAAUGCAGCGGUAAAGUCGAUUAGAAGGCAUACAGCAAAUCUUCAAAGCAUACUUUGGUAGGAGCCACGAAAAUAGUCUAGCAGAGAAUUAUCUCCAGAGCUUGUAGCGUGGUCAACAAAAUUGUUGUGCGCUUCCCAUCCCAUCAGGCAUACACGGGGGUGCAACUACUUCUAGGCGGAGGGUACCUCUUGACUCCAUCCUCUUGCUCAACACGGCAGAGGACACCCUUUUCUUUAGGAAGCCCCUACAGUUCUGCUUACAUAGAGAACGUACGGUUACGAUGAAACAGCUGCAGUAGAAUAUCAUGUUUGAUGUCUAGCACAGCAGAAAACCGCCACAUACAACUGACCACACCAAAAAAAUAUCGCAGCUUUACUUUUAGAC